AUGGGCAUGAACCAGUUGAUCCCAGAUCGUCCUGCAAACCCACAGGAUGCCUACCGUGGUCCGGUCGCCUUGCUGAAGGAGGCCUACGAGGAGACUGAGAGCUUGGGUUCCACAACCAUCCUCUUGGCCGUCCUGGACAACAGCACCAGGGUCCAUGGAAAGUUGCAUCCGAUGGUGGCCGUGCUGACCAUAGGUGACUGCGAGAUGCUGAUGAUGCGCCGGCUGGACGGCCUGCAGGCUCAGACGUUCUCCGCAGACUGCCAGGACCGCGUGGACCCCGAAUUCGAUGAGGAGCUGGCGCUGGAGGUGUCCUUCCAACGUUUUGAACCGGUGGACCCAGAAGAAGUGGCCACGCAGCCCGUGCUCUUGAGCCACUUGGCGAGGCGCCUGGUAGACGAAGCCCAUGCCAAGUCGGAGGUGGGCCUCUAUGGCUUGCCGGACACGCCAAUCGGCUUGGGGGGCAAGAUGGACGACACCUCCGUGGUGGUGGGAGAGGUGGUGGAAUGGACCAAGGCUCAUAGUGAGGUUUGGGCUCAGGUGGGGUGCGCGCCGCUGUCGCCGAUGGUGAAAGAUGUUCUUCAGGGUGGAUCAUUGCAGCCAUAA